AUGCCACCAGUGAUACAUUGUGUCCGUCAUGGACAGGGCUUUCACAACGUUGGCGCCGGAUGCUACACUCUUCCCAAUCCUCACCUGACUCCCUUGGGCGCAGAGCAGAGCAUGGUUUUGCGCAAGUCAGCCUUCUCAGAUCAGUCAAAUGUAUCUCUUAUCCUUGCUUCUCCGCUCUGCCGAACACUCCAGUCUGCCUACUUGGUGUUCCAUCCGGCCCUCACGGCUGGCGGCAAGUGCCACCCCGAGAUCAUCGCCAUCCCUGACGCUCAAGAAACGUCGGAUGACCCGUGCGACGUUGGCACCGAUCCACCAACCCUCCGCGGAGUGGUAGCCGAGAGCAAGUGGCCCGUCGACCUCUCUCUAGUCAAGGACGGCUGGAACGUGAAAGCUUUGGGGACUCGCUACAGCCCGGAAAGCAACGCCAUAGCAGCCCGCGCCCGCGACACCCGCAUUUUCAUCCGACAUAAGAUCCGCGAAUUGAUCGUGCAAGGCGAUCCUGACCCCCAGGUUGCGCUCGUCACGCACGGGGGUUUCCUGCACUACUUUACCGACGAUUGGGAGGACUCAUGGCUGAACCCUGGGACGGGAUGGCAGAACUGCGAGACACGGUCCUAUGUAUUCAAGAACGACGUGAUGGAUGACACAGAUUUGGAGGCCAGGCUCACCGAGACGGUGGAGAGUCGGCUGGGGAGGGGAAAUAUUAGUCCCAUGCCGGCUGAGGAAGAGCAGGCGGUGCUGUUUGAGCAGGCGAUGGAGAAUUGGGAAAAUCAGGGGCUGCAGAGACCCGAUAGAAUAGCAACGGAUCUCUGCACGAGUGUCAUUGCAUGA